AGAAAAUACCCACCCAAUCCUCACUCGCGCGCAGCAAAUUUUUUUUUUUAUCGAAACCAUCACCAAAAGCUUUGUCUUGUCUAAUUCUCUCACUUUCUCCGUACCAGCCAAGAACCACAAAACCCUAACCAUGAAAAACUCUCACUUGCUUCCUUCGAAUUCUUCAAAAUCCAUAUCGUAGGCUCAACGAAAGCCUCAGCGACAAUGUCGCUAUCUUCUACGGAACUCUUCACCUCCUCAUCUUCUCCUUUCACUCUCUACUUCGCUCCCUCUCCUCCCAAAAACCCUAGCUUUCUCUUCUUCCAAUUCACUUCCCGCCAUUCCUCGCAUUCAAGGCUUAAGCUUUCGAAUCCUUCUGGUUUUGGUUCCAUCAGGAUUCGGCAAUCUCGAAUCAGAGCUUUCGACUCAGAUGGCACUUUGCGGAGAGAUGGAACGGUCAGUAGCAGCAGUUUCAGUCUCGAUUCCUUUCUUUCUGUAGCUGAAUCUUUGUGUAUAUUCUCGUCCGCUAUUGUUGCGAUUGGCUUCACGCUUAAUUGCGCCGUUCCGAGCUCGAAGAAGACUUUUUUGGAGGUAAUGGGGACAAAGGUUUUGCCCUAUGGGGUUGUGAUGAUGGUGAUUGGGGUUGGAAUUGGGGCGUGGAUUAGGAGGAGGCAAUGGAGGAGGAUAUGCAGAGAGUCGGUGAAGGGUGGGCUGGAGGUGAACUUGCUGGAGAGGAUUGAGAAAUUGGAGGAGGAUUUGAAGAGCUCCGCUACCAUAAUUCGUGUUUUGUCUAGACAGCUUGAGAAGUUGGGUAUACGUUUUCGUGUUACUCGCAAAACUCUGAAGAAGCCCAUCGCUGAGACUGCAGCUUUGGCUAAAAAAAAUUCUGAGGCCACUCGAGCUUUAGCAGUCCAGGAAGACAUUCUGGAGAAGGAGCUUGGUGAAAUUCAAAAGGUUUUGCUGGCUAUGCAGGAGCAACAGCAAAAACAACUUGAGCUGAUACUUGCGAUUGGGAAGAGUGCAAAAUUAUGGGAAACCAGACAGGAAACCAAUAAAGAACAAAAUAAGAUUGAAAUACAUGAUUUGACGGAGGAUGGUAUAAAGCAGAAGGAAGCUCACCAAAUAUAAGCUUUGGGUAGGAGCAAAAGAGACUGCCUAUGAUUUUGAAGCAACGACUUAAUUUUUCUGAUGUUGUUGGUGGCAUGAAAUCGAAUAAGUGGAUAGCUUUCAUAGAAUCAAUUAUAUGGUUUGGAGGCAUUGCAUCUUUAGCGGAGUAGAAAGAAGUUUUUGUUUCUCUGUGUAGGUCAUUCUAAGGAGGGUAAAGGGAAUAUCAGAAAGGGGAGAAUAAGUUGAAAAUGCACUCAUUCCUGGUUGAACAGAGGAUUGUAUUUCUAUCAAGUAAUGCACAAAUUCCAAAUGGUUCUUUCCAGUGACAUUGUAAUUUCUUGUCGAUUGUCAAAUAAGUAUUUUAUUUAUUUAUUUUUUUUAA